UCGCUUGGAAACCAACACCAAUUUACAGAUUAUACACCUCCAACGUACCCAUCUGACGAGAUUCAACAACGCCAUUUCCUCAUUGUACAACGACGGUCCAGUACGCAGGAUGGCAUAUGCAUAUCAGUCGGACGCCUUUGACAGACACAAGGUCUUACACCUCCACGGAACCGACGACCGAGUAGUGGCAUAUGCAGCAGCAAGCAACAUCCCGGUUCUACUACCAGACGGUACCCAUGUUGAGCUCGUGACGAUUGAAGAUGCCGGUCAUGAUUUGACGAUCAGCCAAGCUACACUCAUAUUGGAAGAGUUGGAUAGGUUUUUGCCCGGGCCAACUGUACAGGACUGAAGGUACGACAACAUCGCAAUUACUUGUGACGCCAAUGCCGUUACCAAUGAUGCCAUCUGUGUGGGUAAUCGAAGGAAUAUUAGUAUAUGUCCUUGUUGUAGAGAAACAGAA